CCUCCCAGAAGCCACCUCGACGAGUGGACACUUUGGGUUAGCAAGCUAGGAUAAGCAUGUCAUCCAUGAAAAUGUGUUAAUAGCUUGGCUGCAAUGUAACAGAUAGUAUGUGUGAUAUGUUUUGGACUAGGAAAGGUGACUGUCAAUAUCGCCUGUUUUUAUAUAUAAUGUUGAGAACUGAUGGUGCUCCAGUGUUAGAUAAAUCUUGCUAAUGCUAAAUGUAGUUAUUUGUCCCAGAGAGCACAGUUACACUAGAUAACUAGCUACUUGGUAUAUGAUUAGGUAGUGUUAUUACAGGUGUAACUUCCCUAAUGGCAAAGGAAGAAUGCAUUACACAGUGGAACAACUCAGGGGACACUUCAACAACACUGAGAAACAGGAAAGUCUUUCCCACCUCAGAAAAGACCCUCCACACUCCAUCCACAUCCAGUCAAACUGCUGGACACUUGUCAGAUGAUGAUGACACCCUGUCCUCAAAUGGGACAUCUGCUCAGUUGUGCUCAGACAGCAGCAGCAGAGAUGUCAGUAAGGAUCCCCCAAGCACAGUGCUGCUGAUGUUGGUGGUGUUGCUGUCUUUCUCCACACGCCUCUACAAGAUAGCAGAGCCUUCUCAUGUGUGCUGGGAUGAGACGCACUUUGGGAAGAUGGGCAGCUACUACAUCAACAGGACCUUCUUUUUCGAUGUCCAUCCUCCUCUUGGAAAAAUGCUGAUAGGUCUCGCCGGCUACAUGAGCGGUUAUGAUGGCACCUUUCCUUUCAUAAAGCCAGGAGAUAAAUAUGAACACCACAACUACUGGGGGAUGAGAGGGUUUUGUGCCGUGUUGGGCUCCUGUCUCCCAAUCUUUACCUACCUCACAGUGCUGGACUUGUCUCAGUCUCACGCUGCUGCUCUCAUCACUGCCACCUUAAUCAUAUUUGACACUGGCUGUAUCACCAUUUCCCAGUACAUCCUGUUGGACCCUAUCCUCUUGUUCUUCAUCAUGGCAGCAGUGCUGAGCAUGGUCAAGUUCAACCAGCAGAGACACAGGCCUUUUACUGCCUCCUGGUGGCUGUGGCUGGUACUGACUGGUGUGAACCUUGCUGGGGCAUUGGGGGUGAAGUUUGUGGGUCUGUUUGUCAUCCUGCUGGUGGGACUGAACACAGUCUGGGACCUCUGGAGACUCUUGGGAGACCUGAGCCUCUCACUGGUGGAAAUUGCAAAGCACUUCCUGGCUCGGGUCGUUGGACUCAUCCUGCUUCCGCUCUUCCUCUACGUUACAAUAUUUGCGAUACACUUUGUUGUGUUGAACAAAAGUGGACCGGGAGAUGGUUUCUUCAGUUCAGCCUUUCAGUCCCGUCUAAUCGGGAAUAAUCUACACAAUGCAUCCAUGCCUGAGUAUCUGGCUUAUGGCUCUACCAUCACAGUAAAAAACCUCCGUAUCGCUGGAGGCUACUUGCACUCUCAUUGGCACUUAUACCCAGAGGGAGUGGGAGCAAGGCAGCAGCAGGUGACAGCCUAUCUCCACAAGGAUUACAACAACUUGUGGCUUGUUCACAGACAGGAUGCUAAUGAAUCUCAAUCCGGGACACCUGAUCUCGUCCGUCAUGGUGACAUCAUUCGACUGGAGCACAAAGAAACAACCCGUAACCUUCAUGCUCACCUCCAUGAGGCCCCUCUGACCAAGAAACACUUCCAGGUUACAGGCUAUGGCAAUAAUGGCACAGGUGACACCAACGACCUGUGGCAGGUGGAGGUGUGUGGAGGCCGUAAGGGUGACCUGGUGAAGGUGCUGCGCAGCAAGGUCCGCUUUCUGCACCGAGCUACCGGCUGUGUGCUUUACUCCUCUGGCAAGACUCUCCCAAAGUGGGGCUGGGAGCAGGUGGAGAUGACCUGUAGUCCCUACCUGAAGGAGACUCCAAGCUCUCAGUGGAACAUUGAAGAUCAUAUCAACCCCAAAUUGCCAAACAUUAGUCUGUCUGUGCUGAAGCCCCAUUUUCUGGAGAUCUUACUGGAGUCCCACAUUGUUAUGAUAAGAGGUAACAGCGGCUUGAAACCCAAAGACAAUGAGAUGAACUCUAAACCCUGGCAUUGGCCCAUCAACUAUCAGGGGUUGAGGUUUUCUGGAGUGAAUGACACAGAGUAUCGUGUUUACCUGCUGGGGAACCCUGUGGUCUGGUGGAUGAACGUGGCCAGUUUGGGAUUGUAUCCCAUCAUGGUGGCAGUGGCGUCUUUAGCCCUCCAAAGAGGUUUCUCAUUGAGCCAGAAAAGAAUAGAGCAUUCUGUCGUGCUCAUGAGAGAAGGAGGACUGCUACUCCUCGGGUGGCUGCUGCACUAUGCACCUUUCUAUACGAUGGGCCGUGUCCUCUACUACCACCACUACUUCCCUGCAAUGCUCUUCAGCAGCAUGCUUACAGGAAUUACAUUCGAUAUUCUGUUGAAAAGCACCGACCUGCUGCUCCGGCCACCUUACUGUGAUUGGCUGCAGAGACUCGGCCAGAUGGUGCUACUGUUUAGUGUUCUUUACAGUUUCUACCUGUUCCACCCACUCUCCUACGGCAUGACGGGUCCUCUGGCACACGAGCAGGGCAGCGCCAUGGCUGGCCUGAAGUGGAUGGACUCCUGGGAGUUCUAGUCAGCUUUGCACGAAGAGGACACUAAUGUUGUGAUGUAAAACUGUUCUGAAUAUGAGGGACUUUAAUCAGUCAUGUGUCUCACAGACUUAUGGUCUUAGAGUGUUUACACAAAAAGGUAACUUUCAUAAGGUACUGACUGCACACACUACCAUAGAAUCACUACCUGUCCACGUAUUUAUGUGUCUCAACAUUUCCGAGUAUUGUAGUCUAUAAUGUGUAAAGAGUGUUUGAUGAGACAGACCUGAAUCAGUGCAAUAUGAAAGCCAGAGUGUUGUAGAGUAAUUAAGAUGUAGACACUAAUCAUCACCAAACUGCCUUAACUCACAACACAUCUUACACCUGGACUUGUUUAUGGAUAUGUGUACACUCCCUGUAUGUCAGUCACAAUGAUAAGCUAAAGUGCCUGAAAGGAACUAAUGAAAGAAAUCUCAAAAGUUAAAAUGCUGCAUCUCCGUGUUGGUCCGUUUUAAAGAAAUCACUUUUUGUUACAUAGGUAUAGACUAUCAGAGACUGUAUUUUGGUUUGCGAUUGUCUUGAUCUUAGUGCCCUGUAUUUUUGUAUUGUAUGUAGCGAUCAGUGCUGUCCAGUACUGACUUCUGUUUUUACACUAUAAGACUACUACUGACUCUCAGUGUCAUAUGUACAUUUCAGAUUAAUCAAUAAACGGUGAUAUUCUUGUA